AUGUACGCUGCUUGUUCUACAACAGCACAAAGAGGUGCACUCGAUUGGUACAAACCAUUUCAUGAUGCUACCAAACCAAUUUUUGAAAGAUUAUAUGCAUCAGUAGCUGACGGGACUGAAACGCGACGGACGUUAGAAAAAAAUUCGUCACCUACAUAUCGUGAAGAGCUAGAAGAAGAACUAAGAGAAAUUAGGGAAAGUGAGAUUUGGAGAGCUGGCAAGACUGUACGUUCUCUUCGCCCGGAAGCAAAAAAUAAAAAAUAG